AGAGAUUUCAUUUGAAAAUUUAUUUUUUCCAAAAUGGAGCAGAGAACAUUGCUUGAAUUGAUGGUCUUUUCCUCACUCAUAGUGUUAUCAGAAACCAUUGAUCAGAAGCCUGCUAUUGAAAUAUACAGCCUCCAUGUGGACUGCAAGGUCACAUCACGAUUUGCUCACACUGUCAUCACCAGCAAAAUUGUCAACCGAGCCAAUGAGUCCCAGGAGGCCACCUUUGAAGUGGAGUUACCUAAGACAGCUUUCAUCACCAACUUCUCCAUAUCCAUCGAUGGUGAAGUGUACCCAGGAAUAAUAAAGGAGAAAGCUGCUGCUCAGAAUGAGUAUGACACGGCAGUCUCGCAAGGACAGAGUGCUGGCCUUGUCAAAAUUACAGACAGAAAGCUGGAGAAGUUCCAUGUGUCUGUCAACAUCGCGGCCACCAGCAAAGUCACCUUUGAGCUGACCUAUGAGGAGCUACUAAAGCGGCAGCUGGGGAAGUACGAGCUGCUCAUCAAGGUCCAGCCCAAGCAGCUCGUUAAGCACUUCCAGAUCGACGUGCACAUCUUUGAGCCCCAGGGCAUUCACUUCUUGGAGACAGACAGCACAUUCAUGACAAACGAAUUAACUGAGGCACUCACCACAGUGCAGAACGAAACCAAGGCUCGUGUUUCAUUUAAGCCAACUCUAGAUCAACAGAAGAAAAAUCCUGAACUUGGCGAAACGCUCCUCAAUGGUGAUUUUGUUGUGCGCUAUGAUGUUAAGAGAGAAGCCACUGCAGGUGAUAUACAGAUUGUCAAUGGGUAUUUUGUCCAUUACUUUGCACCCCAAGAAAUGCCAGUGUUUCCCAAAAAUGUCAUCUUUGUAAUAGACCGAAGUGGCUCCAUGACAGGCAGAAAAAUCGAACAGACAAGGGAUGCCCUACUGAAGAUUUUGCAGGACCUCCGCCCAGAAGAUCAUUUCAGCUUUAUCACCUUCAACAACAAAGUGGUGGAGUGGAAGAGCUCUUUGCUGCCAGCCACUGAGGAGAAUGUGGCCAGUGCUGCAGCAUUGGUGCAAACUCUCACUGCCAGGGGAGGCACAGACAUCAAUGGUGCUCUGCUGACCGCCGUGGGCAUGCUGGAGCAAGCCGAGGGGCUGCCAGAGCGCAGCGUCUCCAUGAUUAUUUUGCUGACAGAUGGCCAGCCCACUUCUGGUGAGAGAAAUGUGGAAGCAAUUCAAGAAAACGUUCAGAAAGCAAUCAAUGGGAAAUAUGCUCUUUUCUGCCUUGGCUUCGGGUUUGAUGUCAGUUAUAAAUUCCUGGAGAAAAUGGCCCUGAGCAAUGGAGGAAUAGCACGGCGUAUUUAUGAAAAUGCUGAUGCAGCCCUGCAGCUCCAGGGCUUUUAUCAAGAAGUGGCUACCCCAAUAUUAAUGCAAAUUGAAAUGCAGUAUCCAGAAAAUUCCAUUGAAGGAUUAACCAAGAACAAUUUCAAGCUGUUUUUUGAAGGAUCUGAAAUUAUAGUGUCUGGAAAAAUUAGUGAUGAGCUGGAUCUUUUGCCAGUGGAAAUUAAAGCUCAGUCACACACGAGUAAUUUGACUCUUACAGAAGAAGCAAAUGUCAAAGAGAAGGAGCAAGUAUUCCAAAAUCAAAAAUACAUCUUUGGGAAUUUCAUAGAGAGGCUGUGGGCUUACUUGAACAUUCAGCAGCUUCUGGAAAAAGCUAUUUCAGCCCAAGAAGAGGACCAGAAGGCCCUGGAGGCCCAAGCCUUGGAUCUGUCCCUGCAGUACAGCUUUGUCACACCCCUCACUUCCAUGGUGGUCACCAAACCCCAGCAGCAGGAGGAGCUGGCAAACAAACCCACCGAGGCUGAUAAUGAGAAGCCCAGCAGUCUUCCAGCAGGAGGUACUCAUAGACUGAUGAGUGGGUUACGUGGUGGUCGAAGGCACUCUGAGCUCCAAACUGGCAGCAACAGGAAGAUGUUUUCAACAGUUUCCAGAUUCAGAGAAGCUGUAAUAGCACAACCUAUUGCUAAUGAAUAUCCACAACUCCUCUUACAAUUACCAAGACAAAAUGAAAGAAUCUGCUUAAAUAUUGAUAAAAGAGCACAAACCCCUGUCCACCUGCUGUCAGAUCCAGAGCAAGGACUCACUGUGACGGGGAAGCUUGGACAUGGAAUAAAUCACUUUGUGCAGUUCGAUAUUAACUAUGUGAAUCCCCCCGUGCAAAUCCAUGUCUACACUCAUGUGAUCCUUGUAAGCUACAAUAACAACAACAGUUGGCUGUCAUGGGCAAAGUCAGCCUCCUCCACCAUCCAGGGGCUGAGAGUGUCAGUUGAAAAGGAAAGGAGCGUUACAGCAUCACUGCCUGAUACGGUCACAGUAAAAAUUUCCUUGGUCAAGUUUCCAGAUGAUUUCCUUGGGCUUUAUUUCUUGGACACUGAGCGUUUCUCGGACAAAGUCACUGGAGUUCUGGGUCAAUUUUAUUCAAAAGCACAACUGGAGAGUGACUCCAGCAAAGAUCAGAGUGCUGUGGAAAGACUCCUGAGAGUGUCUGGAUCUGAGCACAAAGUUUCCAGGUUGCACAAGAAAGAUUACAGGCUCAAGUCAGACAGUGAACCUGUUUCCUGCUGGUCAAUAGAUCUAACUCCCUAGAACAAAAAAAAUCUGUGGAGAAAAUUAUGCAAAUGAAGCUCUUCCAAGUAUUUUUGAUACUUUCAUCAAGAAAACCACACAGUUAAAGCCUUACUGCUGCUCUACUUGUGUCACAAAUAUUUUACCUUGAAAUAAUUAUACUUUCAAGAUAU